AAGCCGGCCAAUAGGAGGCUCUCCAGCGCUGAGCCGGGAGAGGGCCGGGGCGCCGCCACUAGCACCACCGCCUCCCCAGUUUUCCCUUGUGGAUGCACAGCCCCGGUGACUCCGCUCCUCCCGGGGCAGAGGGGCCUCCAGAGGCCAGAGGAGCGGACUCCGGACGGGAUUUCCGAGGAAGGGAAGAGGAAGGGCGCCCCACCCGCUCUGGAGGGGUUCGGUGAACGAUGAAGGGGCGGCGGCGGCGACGCCGGGAGUACUGCAAGUUCGCGCUGCUGUUGGCGCUGUACACGCUGGUGCUGCUGCUUGUCCCCUCUGUACUGGACGGCGGCCGCGAUGGGGACAAGGGAGCCGGGCAUUGCCCGGGCCUGCAGCGCAGUCUGGGAGUGUGGAGCCUGGAGGCGGCGGCGGCGGGCGAACGCGAGCAGGGCGCGAAGGCGCAGCCAGCCGCUGAUGGGGGCGCGGGCGUGUCCCCCAGGUCUCCUCGAAAUCUCCAAGGCGCCGUCGGGGAAGCGGCGUCUCACGAAAAGCAGCACAUCUACGUGCACGCCACUUGGCGCACCGGCUCGUCGUUCCUGGGCGAGCUCUUUAACCAGCACCCGGACGUCUUCUACUUGUACGAGCCCAUGUGGCAUCUGUGGCAGGCGCUGUAUCCGGGCGACGCCGAGAGCCUGCAAGGCGCGCUGCGAGACAUGCUGCGCUCGCUCUUCCGCUGCGACUUUUCGGUGCUGCAGCUGUACGCACCGCCGGGGGACCCCGCCGCGCGCGCCCCGGACGCGGCCAAUCUCACCACCGCCGCCCUCUUCGGCUGGCGUACCAACAAGGUCAUCUGCUCGCCGCCGCUGUGCCCUGGCGCGCCCCGGGCCCGCGCCGAGGUCGGCCUGGUUGAGGACGCCGCUUGCGAGCGCAGCUGCCCACCGGUGGCUCUCCAAGCCCUGGAGGCCGAGUGCCGCAAGUAUCCGGUGGUGGUCAUCAAAGACGUGCGCCUCCUCGACCUGGGCGUGCUGGUGCCCCUGCUGCGCGACCCCGGCCUCAACCUGAAGGUGGUGCAGCUUUUCCGAGACCCGCGGGCGGUGCACAACUCGCGCCUCAAGUCUCGGCAGGGGCUGCUGCGCGAGAGCAUCCAGGUGCUGCGCACCCGCCAGAGGGGCGACCGCUUCCACCGAGUCCUCCUGGCGCACGGCGUGGGCGCUCGCCCCGGGGCCCCCUCCCGCGCGCUGCCCGCCGCGCCGCGCGCCGACUUCUUCCUGACCGGCGCGCUCGAGGUGAUUUGCGAAGCCUGGCUGCGCGACCUGCUGUUCGCGCGCGGUGCUCCCGCCUGGCUGCAGCGCCGCUACCUGUGGCUGCGCUACGAGGACCUGGUGCGGCAGCCGCGCGCCCAGCUGCGCCGCCUGCAGCGCUUCGCGGGGCUGCGGGCGCUCUCCGCGCUGGACGCCUUCGCGCACAACAUGACUCGCGGCGCAGCCUACGGCGCUGACCGGCCUUUCCACCUGUCCGCGCGAGACGCCCGCGAGGCCGUGCACGCUUGGCGUGAGCGCCUGAGCCGAGAGCAGGUGCGCCAGGUGGAGGCUGCCUGCGCCCCAGCCAUGCGCCUGCUGGCUUACCCUCGCAGCGGAGAAGACGGCGACGCCGAGCCGUCCGAGGACGAGGAGACGCCGCUGGAGAUGGAGGCUGACGGCGCCACGUAGAACCCCACCCGUGCCCCCCGGGUGGGUCCGGGUAAGGUCAGUCACCAUGAACCAGGGCACUCAGCAUGUUGUCCCAGCACUGGAGACGCCACAGCGUGGAGGCAGUCUAUCACGCUGUCAGAGACUGCGGCUUGACUCGGUACCAACCGCUGGGCAGUUCUGCAGAGCAGGAAUAUCAUGAGCUGUUGAAAAAUGACUGACACGUUGGUUGAAACAAAGUUGCCAGUAAGGAAGUGACAGCGCAAUGUGGACCAUUAUGGCACUAAAAGGGGAAGAGCUUUAGUUCCCAGCCUGACCCUGCCUUUGCUGGAGCCAUGUCAACAAGGCGUCCUCAGAACAAAGAAGAGAUGUGGUUUGGUGCCAUUUCCCAUCAGCGGGUGUCUGGACACAACGUCAGUGUGAAUAAGGGUCCAGGGCAGUCCUGUGUAUCAAGAUUGAACUGCUCCAUAGUAAAUGAAAAGGUCUGGGGGGUGUGUUUUAAACUCUGACUCAUCCAGCUCUUUUUCAAACAGCUCACCCUCACCCUCACCCCUGAAUGGAUUUUUAAGAAGUAAUUUCUCUCCUGGGGCUGGGAGCCCCCUACAUGAACUAAAACAAAGGUUUGCUUUUUUCAAUUGUUCUAGCUGGUGUUUUUGUAAUUACGCUAGUAAAUGACUCUGGAGCCUGUUAAAGACAA